AUGGCAGACCAGUCGCCUAACCCGCCGUCGCGGCAACCGCAGCAACAGCAGCCGGCUCAACAGCAGCCGCAACCGCAGCAGAAUUCUCAGCCUCAGCAGCAGGUGCAACAGACACCCACCUCCUACCCUUCCCCUCACUCCUACCCGUCGCCGUCCAUGCAGCCCUCCUACACCUACCCGCCGCCCCAGGGCGCCCCAGGCAGCGCGGAGCCCUAUCGCGCCUCACCCACCGCGUCGAGCAUGUCGUUGCCGUCGCUGAACCUCCCGCCCAUCCGCGCGCCCAUUGAUGGCCAGCAGCAGCAGCCGGGCCAGCCGCCAGCGGGGUCGCUGCCGCCGCCCGUCGCUCCCAUGGCCUACUACCCGCCGCCGGGCCACGCGCCGCCGCAGCACCACCAGAUGCACAUGGGCGCGCCCAUGGGAAUGCCUCCGCAGAGCAUGGGCAUGCGAUACCAGUUGCCGCCGCAAGCCGACCAGAGAAUCAUGUCGGGAGGACGCCACAAGAAGGAGAUCAAGCGCCGCACGAAGACGGGCUGCCUGACGUGUCGCAAGCGCAGGAUAAAGUGCGACGAAGCACACCCCACGUGCAGGAACUGCCAGAAGAGCAAACGCGAGUGUCUGGGCUACGAUCCGAUCUUCAAGCAGCAGCCCGGCCCGCCUCAGAUACAGCCCGCGCCCAGCGCAGCCCCGCCGGUCACGUCGACGCCCGCAACCGCUGCCCCUCAGCCCGCCCAGGUCCCAUACUCUCACGUCCCCCAAGGCUACGCGCCUGCCGCGCCCAACUACGCGCCUGGCCCCGGUCACAGCACGAGCCCGCCGGCGCCUGCCACCGACCCAUCGUUCGAGCUCAGUGCUGCCAUCGACCCGGCGCUUGCAGGCACCGAGCCCGCACCAAUGUCAAUCGCGCCAGUCGCCUACGACCCGUCGACGCGUGUGUAUGUGAGGAAGGAGGGCAAUGGAGGCUCGACGCCCCCACCGCCGGAAGGUCGGCCGUUGAAGGCUAAGCGCAUUUACGUCGACGAGCUCUUUGCGUUGCAAGGAGUGCAGCCGCACGCCCAGCCGCCGACUCCUGGGCCCAUUCCGCCCAACGUUGUCGAAGAGAUCAAGAUGCUCUUCACCAGAGACUACGCAAUCAGCAUGGAUCGCUGCAUUGAGACGACCUGGUACACGACCAAGGGUCUGAAUCGUCUGUUGAACGACCCGGCCACGAUGGAUCUCUUCGCCUUCUUCGUGUCCCAGAUUCGUGUCACCCAAGACUACGAAAUGCAGCGGAGAACCACGAGCCUUGAAGCGAAGCUCAUCUGGAAGCUUCUUUGCCUACCUCGUCAACCCACUGGAUUCAUCUCGAAUGGCGCCAACGGCACCAGUGAGCACGAGACCAAUCUCUUGCAAAAGGAGGCUGCCCUGCGUGUUGAGGUGCUCGAAGCGCUGCUCUCGUAUCAGGUACUGCCGUUCAAUCCUCUUGCGGAGCUCAUCUACGACCCUCAGGUUCCGCACUUGAAGCAGUAUGAGGUCGAUUUCUGGCGUCACCUGGGCACCUUUGUCACUUUCCGCGACGUGGACGAGGAGUCUAACCGCAACAUUGAUGCUACGUUGAGCGCGUGCCGCAACAUCCUUGGCAUGAUCGAAUGCAGAGAUGUCAUCUACUCGAUGAUGAUCGCGCGCCACUACAGCGGACGGUUCCAGGAUCUUCCUGACAACGUCAGCCAGCAGCCCUACCCGCCGGAUCAGGAGGACGACCGGUCGAAGAUGGUGGUGGCUAAGAAGUUCCUUGAGGACGAGUCUCAGGGCCGGGGCAUGUCUCAGGUGAUCUUCCGUCUCGCAGGCAUGGCCAUUCGGUCUUGGUCCUUGGGCCAGUAA